GUUUGUUCUGAUGUUUUGCACUAUAAUCAGGAAGUGAAGGGCGGUGGUUGAGAAGAAGAGCUGCAGCGGGCUAGUUGACAACUAUCAGGCUUUUGUAAGAAAAUAAAAGAAACAAUCACAAUGUCUAGCAAAAAGGCAAAGGGAAAGACCACAAAGAAGCGCCCUCAGCGCGCCACCUCCAAUGUUUUCGCUAUGUUUGACCAAUCACAGAUUCAGGAGUUCAAGGAGGCCUUCAACAUGAUUGACCAGAAUCGUGAUGGUUUUGUUGACAAAGAGGACCUUCACGACAUGCUUGCCUCACUAGGGAAAAACCCAACUGAUGAGUACCUGGAGGCCAUGAUGAAUGAAGCUCCUGGACCCAUCAACUUCACCAUGUUCCUCACCAUGUUUGGAGAGAAGCUCAAUGGUACAGACCCUGAGGAUGUGAUCAGAAAUGCAUUUGCCUGUUUUGACGAGGAGGGGACAGGUUUCAUUCAGGAGGAUUACCUCAGAGAGCUCCUCACAACAAUGGGUGACCGGUUUACAGAUGAGGAGGUGGACGAACUCUUCAGGGAGGCUCCCAUUGACAAGAAGAGUAACUUCAACUAUGUUGAGUUCACACGCAUCCUAAAGCACGGUGCCAAGGAUAAGGACGAUUAAAGAGCCAUACAUGAUUGUUCCUCAGAGCCCCCCUUUGCCUCUUCCAUCAGCUAGAUCACCAUGCUGCAUGUCUCAACUCUCCUGUAAAAACCCAGUUUUAAACCAACCAAAGCAAUAACUAUCCACCUUUUUUGCUGUCAACUUCCAGUUUUGCCAAAUGUUAACAUCCGAAUGAGUUUUUAAAAUAUCCUGUUAAGAUGUGAAGUGGUGGCAUUUUGGAAGAUCCAAUGGAUACGUUUUUGCAGUUAAAUUGGGUUUAGCUGAAUUUUUACAUUUUAUAAUAUAAACUUUUUAAAUAAAGCCCUUUAUCAAGUUGUA